AUGUGGGUCGUGAGCAAAGAGCUGUUAAACGGUCCUUCUGGGUGGCACUGUGCUAUGGCGUCGAGUUGGACUCAAACCCUCAAACCCUUCAGACGUCAAAGGAUGAGCCCACGACCACUUAGCGGAUAUUGUGAAAAUGGGAUCUCUAGCUCGCCGAAAAGUGUGGGCGGCCACUUGGCAUUUAGCCUCGACUCGUCUGCUCACGUCCAGCGGGAAACGACGUUCCUUCACGUAUCUUGUGGCUUUCGUUUAAUCUUAACUUACCUACCCCGUGGAGGCCUGUCUACAGCAGAGACGAAAACUGCCCUUCCCGCCGGCAUGACUGCCCCUCCAGGCGCUGCUUCAACUUUCACGAUCCCAUCUCAAACGGCCGGACUAAUGAAAACAAAUUGGCCAGUCGGAAUUGCUCUUCUGUGGCAAAUGCUACUCUCCUGCCCCCGUUCUGCCGAGGCAUUGUUGCAGAAAGCCGAGGGCAGCAGAGCGAAUGUGAGGGGAGCGAUUCCACUUUUUUGUCGACCUAUUUAUCCGGUGCUCAAAAGUCGAUCAGGAAAUGCCACAAUGUUGUACAUGUGCCAGCGAGUUCGAAAGGUUGCGCAAGUCCCGAGAAGUUCGUCUUGUGAACCUGUUGCCGUGAGGUGA